AUGCUAGAUAUCUCCAAAGCUGCGAACUUUCUUAGCCAGAGUCGGAAAACAGAGAGCUCGAUGUUAUCGCCGAGCGCCUCAGUCUCACUUAAGAGUCCGGAUAGAGGUCGGAGGUUUGAAGUUUCAGGCAGCAUCGGGCGCAAAAGAUUAUCCAGCUCUAUUAGUGCAUCAAUUCCUGCGGGCAAGCGAAUAUAUUCCACCUCCCCGACCAAAAAGACAAUCAGUCCCACCCUCCUGAACCGUGUCCACCGAAGAGUUAUUGUGUCUGACUACGGAAAACCUAUUUACCGGGCAAAUUCUUGCGCCGCAAUGCUGGCCGCGUUGGAAGGUUGUAUAAAAGGCUCCAAAUCUCUAUAUCAGACCGGGAUCCUUCAACGCGAUAUAUCGGUAGGCAAUCUGAUGAUGAACGAAGACCCUGCCAAUCGAUCUUGGCCAGCGUUUCUGAUUGAUCUCGACCUUGCGAUACGGAUUCAACGAGAAGGGUCUUCAGGAGCGCGUGGCAAAACAGGUACGAGAGCGUUCAUGGCCAUUGGGGUACUGCUGGGUGAGAAACAUUCGGCCAUGCAUGAUUACGAGUCGUUUUUUUGGGUCCUUUUCUGGAUAUCCAUCCAUUACGACAAACCCCAAAAGAGCGGUAGAGUCGUGCCCAUGUUCGAGAAGUGGAACUACGUGGACAUGGAAGAACUGGCCAAACUGAAACUAGGUACGGUAUCAGAUGAGGGCAUUUUUCUAGAAACUUUGAAUCAACAUGUCACCUCAUAUUAUGAGCCACUGCGGCCCUGGAUAAAUCGGCUUCGGAGAGUGGUGUUUCCAAAUGGGAGGUUGAGGAGACAGGAAGAUGAAAGCCUUGCUUCGAAAAUGAUGGCGAUACUUGCUGAAGCCCAGAGAGACCCAGAUGUCCUUGCGAAUCCCACUGCUUUAGAUAUCUCAGGGCUCAUCUCCUAA